AUGGCGGCAGCAACAACAAACAGCAGACAGUUAUUGUGUGAAGGUGUGAAAGUGAUAUUAACAGCCAGAGAUGAGAAAAGAGGACUUGAAGCUGUUGAGAAGCUCAAAAGCAGCAGCAGCAGCAGCAGUGGCUUUAAUUCUAACAACAGUAUUAUAUUCCAUCAGCUUCAAGUGACUGAUUUAGCAAGUAUUGCAUCACUUGCUCUAUUUGUUGAGUCCCAAUUUGGAAAGCUUGAUAUCUUGGUAAACAAUGCAGGGAUUCUUGGAGUCACAAUAGAUGAGGCUGGCCAGAAAGCUUGGGCUGCCCAUGGGUUUGGUCCAAAUAUCAACUGGGAUGACUUGAACAUGGUACAAACCUAUGAACAAUCAGUAGAAUGUAUUCAGACAAACUAUUAUGGCGCCAAAAGUGUUACAGAAGCUCUUAUUCCUCUGCUUCAGCUGUCCGACUCGCCAAGGAUCGUCAAUGUUUCUUCCGGGGCCGGCAAGCUUCAGUAUAUACCAAAUGAAUGGGCUAAAAAGGUACUAAAUGACCCCGAAAAUCUCACGGAAGAGAAAAUCGACGAAGUCAUAAAUCAGUUCCUCAAAGACUUCGAAAAAGGGCGCUUAGAGGCCGAAAAGUGGCCUUUGUACUUCAGUGCAUAUAUGGUCUCUAAAGCAGCCUUCAAUGCCUACACAAGGAUUCUGGCCCGAAAAUACACGGGCUUUCGGAUCAAUUGCGUGUGCCCCGGGUAUGUGAAGACCGAUAUCAACUACAAUUCUGGUGUGUUGACUGUCGAGGAAGGCGCGAAAGGCCCGAAUAUUCCGAACGAAUGGGCUAAGGAAAUACUCAAAGAUGCUGAAAAUCUUACAUACAAGAAAAUCGAUGAUGUGGUAAAAGUGUUCCUUGAAGACUUCAAACAAGGCUUGUUAGAGGCUAAAGGCUGGCCUCUGUACUUCAGUGCAUAUAGAGUCUCGAGAGCAGCCAUUAAUGCUUACACAAGGGUCCUGGCUCGAAAAAACCCGAGCUUUCGGAUUAACUGCGUAUCUCCUGGAGUGGUGACUGGUGAAAACCGACAUGAAUUAUGGUAUCGGUUUGUUGACUGUGGAGGAAGGUGGUCAAAGCCCGGUGAGGCUAGCAUUGCUGCCUGA